UUUUAAUAUCGGUUUGGUGCGUUACUGGCUCCCCGUUUUUCUGCUGAGGUACCCGAACAUUCUGCAUGUAGAAGCCAUUAUCAUUUCAUUUUUUAAAUUAUAACAUUACCUAUACAUUAUGGCUGCAGUCCUAAGAAAUGUUAAAUCGAAACGACUGUAUCCCUUCGUCCUUGCAAGAAUGAUUGGGGGUUACGGUGAAGCUGGAUCAGGAGCUGGGCGAGGAGGCGGCUCUGGUGGUAGCAUCCGAGAUGCUGGUGGGGCAUUUGGUAAAAUGGAGGCCGCUCACGAAGAACAAUAUUUUCGAAAACUACAAUCUGAGUUACUUUCAAAAGUAAAACGUGAACAUCAGAAGCAAUGCUUGUACCACGACGAGGAGAUCAAGUUCCACGAAGACGCGAUCAAGCGACACACUGAAUCGAUCGAAAGACAUCGCCUGUUAAAAAGUCAACACGAAGCUACCGUGCGACAACAAGAUAGCGUGGAAAAACAACAACUAUAUGACGAACAAAACAAGAAAAAAUAACCCGAAAA